GUCAGUCUUCUUUUAAACAGCUUUGUGCAUGGCUUCUAGUGGGGUAUUACGAGUUUUCUUUUACCUUCAUCAAUAUCAGCAUUUACUGUCAGAUGAGCUGAGAAUUAAUAAGGAUUUGUGCAGAUGUGAUUUGGCACUGUCCGUCAGGGCAAGGAGUCUGACCUGGGCAGCAGUGACUGAUGAGAUACAAGGGUGCUUUGGAAUCAGGUAAGUAUGUGGGAUGCAGUAUUUUUUAUACCUACAGUAAUUAUGAUAGGAAGACAGGUACUGGUUCAGUUUAGAAAGAAAACAGGCAUAGAGUUAAAUUCUUUAGUCAUGUCGGUAUUAAGUGAUACUCUACAGUAGUGUAUUUUACUAAAAGAAUACCACCCACUUCUGGGGUGUGGGGGGCCCCAGCACAAUGGCACACAAGUUGUUGAAACAUUUCUUUAAAAUCUUUUGUUCAGAGUUUCAUGGAAAAUAUUCUGGAAGAACUGCGUUAAGGCCCCCAACUACUUUUGGUGUAGAAAGUUGCAUUUAAUACAGUUUAUUAUGGAGGUUCAUUUUAGCUUGAAAUUAUGUAAUCCACUUAUAAAUACCUCAGUUCUCAGGUCAGAGAUAUAAAUUCAUUGCAGAUUACCUUCUCUUUACCUUUUGCUCACAAGCAAUUUGAAUUUGGUAAAAGAGUCUUCAGGAUUAGGGGAGAGCAUAUAGGAGCUCCUUUCUGUGAAAUCUGUAGUAAGGAUGGAAAGCUAAGGACUUAGGGAAGAAUAGGCACUUGAAAGUAGUAGUCUAAUUAUGUUGGUCCAUGCCUUUUAUAAUUUUUGCCAUUUCUUUUCAAAAGGAAAAUGGUCCCAUUCAGUUGGCAGAAUCUUGUCUUCCCCAUCCAUAAUAAUACUAUGUUCACAGAGCUGUUGUAAGGCCAUAUAAGAUUAAACAAACCAUGUGGAAAUGGUCUGCAUGGAGUAGUCGGAGCACCAUAACAUGGUGUGGGAAGUAAAGACAAACCAGAUGCCCAAUGCAGUACAGAAACUCCUGCUGGUAAUGGACAAGAGAGCUUCAGGAAUGAACGAUUCAUUGGAGUUGCUACAGUGUAAUGAAAAUUUGCCAUCCUCACCUGGCUAUAACUCCUGUGAUGAACACAUGGAGCUUGAUGACCUUCCUGAACUUCAGGCUGUUCAAAGUGAUCCUACCCAAUCUGCCAUAUACCAGCUAAGUUCAGAUGUUUCACAUCAAGAAUAUCCAAGACCAUCUUGGAACCAAAAUACCUCAGACAUAUCAGAAAAUACUUAUCGUGAAAAUGAGGUGGAUUGGCUAACAGAAUUAGCAAAUAUCGCCACCAGUCCACAAAGUCCACUUAUGCAGUGCUCAUUUUACAACAGAUCAUCUCCUGUACACAUCAUAGCUACUAGCAAAAGUUUACAUUCCUAUGCACGCCCUCCACCAGUGUCCUCUUCUUCUAAGAGUGAGCCAGCCUUCCCUCCCCAUUGGAAGGAGGAAACACCAGUCAGACAUGAAAGGGCAAAUAGUGAGUCAGAAUCUGGCAUUUUCUGCAUGUCCUCCCUCUCGGAUGAUGAUGAUUUGGGGUGGUGCAAUUCCUGGCCUUCAACUGCUUGGCACUGUUUUUUGAAAGGCACACGUCUGUGCUUUCAUAAGGGAAGCAAUAAGGAAUGGCAGGAUGUCGAAGAUUUUGCUAGAGCUGAAGGCUGUGAUAAUGAGGAAGAUCUCCAAAUGGGCACUCACAAGGGCUAUGGUUCUGAUGGUCUAAAGUUGUUAUCACAUGAAGAAAGUGUAUCAUUUGGCGAGUCUGUACUGAAGUUGACUUUUGAUCCCGGUACAGUAGAAGAUGGUUUACUAACUGUAGAGUGUAAGCUGGACCACCCUUUCUAUGUUAAAAAUAAAGGUUGGUCGUCAUUUUAUCCCAGUUUGACUGUGGUACAGCAUGGCAUUCCAUGUUGUGAAAUUCAUAUCGGUGAUGUAUGUCUACCUCCUGGACACCCUGAUGCCAUUAAUUUUGAUGAUUCAGGUGUUUUUGAUACAUUCAAAAGCUAUGACUUCACACCUAUGGAUUCUUCUGCAGUCUACGUGCUGAGUAGUAUGGCUCGUCAGCGUCGUGCAUCUCUGUCGUGUGGAGGACCUGGAGGUCAAGACUUUACAAGAUCUGGAUUCAGUAAAAACUGUGGCUCACCCGGAUCGUCACAGCUCUCUUCCAGCUCUUUGUAUGCUAAAGCUGUCAAAAACCACAGCUCAGGGACUGUGAGUGCCACUUCUCCUAACAAGUGCAAAAGACCAAUGAAUGCCUUCAUGCUUUUUGCCAAAAAAUACAGAGUUGAAUAUACUCAGAUGUAUCCAGGGAAAGAUAACAGAGCCAUAAGUGUGAUCCUUGGUGACAGGUGGAAGAAAAUGAAGAAUGAAGAGAGGAGGAUGUAUACAUUAGAAGCAAAAGCUUUGGCUGAAGAACAAAAACGUUUAAAUCCUGACUGUUGGAAAAGGAAAAGAACCAAUUCAGGCUCACAGCAACAUUAAACCGGAUGCUUACAUUAAGUCUACACUUGCAUAAAUAUAAGACUGUUGAUGGAAAGACUUAAGAAGAUCAUGGUCUCACCAUUUGUCCAGAAUUUGUGUGACCAUAAGAUACUGAUAGCAUUGAGUCUUGAAAUGAUUUAAUAAUAAGAGUGAGGAUUUGCUUUCUCCAUUAGAACAUUAAGUAAGCUAAAACUAUCAACAUUGUAAACCAAAUUGCCUUAUUUUUCUUCCAAACUUCACAUAUGUCUAUCAGGUAAUAUAGGCUUGAAAAUUGAUAUCCUGUGGUGCUAAAAAGUACAGUAGAAAGAGAGAAGUGUAUACAUGUUUUAUUUUUAAUUGUACAAAAGGGGAAUUUAAAAAUAUGUAACUGCUGUUUAUACAUUGGCUCCUUACUGCUUAUUAAUCUGUAUUGUACACAUAAUGGAAUGAAACAGAAGCUGGGAGUUGGCCUUUGAGCAGCCACCACAUGGCUCAGCAGCUGUGCCAAACACAGGAGCUCUGGUCUGGCCAGUGCCAAGAGGCUACCAGAACAUGUGGCAGGUGGCUGGUGUCAGUGUCUCAGCAUGAGAGCCACCUGCUGUAGUUACCCGAGCAUGCUGAGUUUAUGCACCAGGUGGCAGCACCCAUCCAUUAUUUCCAAUGGAGGCCUAGCCCAGGCCACAGUAAAGUUAAUAGCAUUGGAAUAUAGUCACUGUAAUGGUGCUAUUAACAGUUGAUACCAUUGUAUUUUUAAAUUUUGUUCUGUAUCUCCUCAGCCACAUAUCUUAAAUAUCUUAUUUUGUCAUCAUAUCUUUAUGGUGGGGGCAGACUUUGCACUUACUGCAGUGCAACACUUGCACUUUACUUUUCCUCCAACUGUCUGAAAUUAGAGCAAAUACAUUGGCAAUACAGCUGCUUUUGCUCUGAGCUACAAUCAUGGCUUUUCAUGUUACUUACCAAGUGGUGUUUCUGGUUAGGAAUCACAGCUGUAAAAUUGAUUUCAGUUCAUUACACUUCAUGAUGUUGCCCCUAAAUUUUGCACACUAUAUUCUUGUAUAUUAUUUCAAAUAAAAUGAAAAAA